AUGGCCAUAGACUUGGAAUGUUUCAACCAACAGAUGGAAAGAGCUCGUUUGUACGUUCAGUAUAUCGUACAAUUACUUGAAGAUGCUGGAAAGAUAGCGUCGCCAUACGAUGAAAGUCAUGCUUUAAAAGUCGUCAAGUUGAUCUUACAUAAGUUGUCCUAUAGUGGAGAAAAAACGCCAGGUGAAUUUCUUGCUGAGACUCAUUCGUUUUUUCAUAAUGUUCAAACAAAUGAACAAUUAAUAUCGAUGAUAAUAAAGUCUCAUUCUCUUGUAACUGUUAUUGAUACAGAUAAGGGUAAAUAUAUUUUUUUCUACUCACAAACAAAUCGCUAUCUUUAUUUAUUAUAUUUUGAAGAUUCAACUGGAUGGUUGCAUUGA